AUAUGAUUUUAACCCCACCACCAACAUGGUCGCAUGUUAAGUCGCCAUGACCGCGCCUCUCACCAACGAUGAGUUUUUUACCAAGCUCGCGGAGCUUUUCGACAAGAAGAGGUCCGAAACCCAAGGAUCUGUCUUCUUAACCCAGAAGCGAUUGACAUCCUCAGCCCCCUCCGACACCUUCCCCGCGCAAGCCGACGCGGCAUCCUUCCCCGACCUUGCGCCCACACAACCCCUUACCCUCCUCAUAAGAGCCACAGACGGCAAGCACAAAUCCAAAGUGCGCCUCUCGACCGUCGUUACCGCCGAUGCCCUAGAGGGAUUUUUCAGCAGAUACGCAGAGGUAUGCAAGGCCGGGAUGUCGGGAUUGAAGAAGCGAGAUAGGAGUAAGGCGAAGGCAAGGCAAAAGGCGAAGAAGAAGGUGGUUCUCCCGGCGGGCGAGGAGAAGAAGUGAGCCUAGAGCAUAGAGGGUUGGCGUUGGAGGUAUAUGAAUAUAUGGAAUAGAUGGCCGGACGUACGUCUGGGUCAUUGUUUUUAAGAUGCAUCACUGGAGACGAGGUUUAUGAAUCCAAUGGACA